AUGGCGACGGCGAUGCCCAGAUCGCAAAACUCCCAAACGCGAACGCCGUGGUCGCGUGGCGCGAGACCUCCGACGACCUACGCCGAGAAGACCGGCGUCUGCCACCACUGGCUCGCCGGACACUGCUCCAGAGACCCGUGCCGCUUCCUGCACGGCGGCGGCGGCGGCGACGGAGGAAGCCGACCCGAGGUUCGUCACCACCAUUAUCAGCGCCGGUCUCACGCCUACCACCGCGUUGCGCAGGAUGAUCAGGAUCGUCGUCAUGGGCCACGGGAGCAACAGCCGCAGAAACAAGACAAGCUAUGCCAUCGGUGGACUUCCGGGAAUGACUGCGCUCGCGGCGAGAACUGCCGGUUCUUGCACUCGUGGUCCCGCGGGGGCGAGUUCUCCGUGGUCGCCCAGCUCCACGGCCACCAGGAGGCCGUCACCGGCGUCGGCCUCCCCUCGGGCACCGGCAGGCUCUUCUCCGGCUCUCGGGACGGCACGGUCCGCUCGUGGGACUGCGGCACCGGCGCGUGCGACGGUGUGUUCCAAGUCGGGCGCGAGGUGGGGUCGCUCGUCACGGAAGGUCCGUGGGUAUUCGUCGGAGUCCCUGACACUGUCAAGGCCUUCAACGCGUCGACCGCCGCCGAGUUCUCCCUCGCCGGGGUCGUCGGGCAAGUCUACGCCAUGAUCGUGGGCAACAGCACGCUCUUCGCCGGCGCUCAGGACGGCUCCGUCCUCGCCUGGCGGAUGCCUCCCGACUCCGGCGCCGGGGACCCCUUCCACUUCGCCGGGAAACUCGAAGGCCAUCGGCUCGCGGUGAUCUCGCUCAUGAUCGGCAACGGAUUCUUGUACUCGGGGUCGAUGGACUCGACGGUUAGAGUAUGGGACACGGCGACCUUGGAGUGCGUGCGGACGCUGGAGGCUCACUCCGGCGCGGUGACGUCGCUGCUGUGCUGGGAUCGCUACCUGAUCACGGCCUCGACGGACAAGAAGGUCAAGGUGUGGGGACAGAGGGAGGACGGCCAGGCGGGCGAUCUCGAACCGGUGUACGAGCGCGAGGAGAGCCACGGCGUGGUGAGGCUCUUCGGCAUGCACGACGGAGGUGCGAGGCCGGUGGUGUUCUGCUCCUGCGAGGACGGCGCGGUCCGCGCGUACGAGCUGCCGUCGUUCGCGGAGAGGGGAAGGAUCUUCGCAAGGAAGGAGGUGAGGGACAUCCAGACCGGCGGCGACGGCGGCUUGUUCUUCACCGGUGAUGAUAGUGGCGCCGUCACCGUAUGGAGGUGGCCGGAGAAAGAGAACGAGCCGAUGUCCUCGGCGUAA